AUGCUCUGUGCGGCCAACAUCGCGGGAGGGGGUGAUUCUUGCGAUGGUGACAGUGGUGGGCCGCUGGUCUGUAAGCUUUCAGUUGGUAUCACCUCAUGGGGAGUAGGAUGUGCUUUGCCAAAUAAGCCUGGUGUUUACGCGAAAGUCUCAACCUUUAUCGACUGGAUAACGAGGACUGUUAGCUUCAACAGCUACACCAGGGCAGAAGAAACAUUUCCACCAAAACCAUAA